UUUAGAAAAUAACAAAAAUCUAUAUUAAUUUCAAAUAGAUAUAUUUCUUAAUGAAAUCUGUGAAGAAUUGGAUAUUUAUUCGCCUAUCUUUGAAUUGUGCGCCGUAACUGCUUUUAGAAAAUAUUCAAAUUGUGCAAAAGGAAUGUUUUGGUUCAAAGUCAAAUAUCCAAUAUGGAGUGAGAAGUAUAAAAGUGAAAAAGGUAUCAGUAAAAUGAUAAUGGAAAUAAAACAUUUUGGAAAUUUGACUACAAAAUUAAAAUCAGUGGAUGACAAACUUGCUGAAAGAUUCUGUUUAGGCCAAGAAUCAGUUGGAAAGUACAAUGCCAUUAAGAAUAGUAUAAUGCAACAGGAACCAAAAAUUUCAAAAGACAAAGCCUAUUUGGUUGAUGGUUUAAAAGACCAAUGUCCAAUGUUGUUCAAGGAUCCUGAUAGCCAAAAAGAUAUCUACGCAAUUUUUGAUUUAGUAGAACAACAAAUUUUCAAAGUACUAGUAAUUUAUACAAAAAAUGAUUUAGAUAUGUUAAUGAUAGUUAAAAAUUCCUCUGGGAAAAAUGUCCAAUAUUCGAAGGCAAUUGCACUUGGAACAGAAUUUCCAAAAAUAUUUACAGCUUAUACAAAUAACAUUUUGGGAAGAUAUUUAGUUUUUGUUUUCAAAAAUACUUUGGAAAUAACCAUAUGUGAAAUUGAAAUUUAUACAAACAAUUUGGCAAUGAAUUUGGUAGAAUUUCCAUCAACUUUAAGGAAAGAUUUAUUCUCUAGCAAACAAAAUGUUCAACAUGGAGUUAUUUCUCUGACAAAAGUUUACCAUUUUCUAUCUAUUCAUCUAAAAGGUCAAUAUCUAGUGUAUUCUAUAUCACUUUUUCAAAUAUAUACAACAAACACAUAUGAAAUUUAUGUCAAGAAAAUGUCAAUAUCUUAUUACGAAGGAGAAAUGUGUUCGAGAAGGAAUCCUACUGAGACAAUCUCCAAUAUUGUUGUAAUUUGUGAUCAAUUUCUCAUUGGUGAAUUUAUUGAACUCAAAAUUAAAGAGGAAAAUAUACAGAAUUUUAAAUUGAAAAGAAUUGAUGUGAGAGGUUUGUCUAUUGGCCAACCAGAAUAUGCAAAUAUCGCUCAUGAUAAAGCUUGUUGGAAUUAUUUAACAUCUACCAAUCCACCCACUCCCACACAUCAGUAUUCAGCAAUGUUUGCUAGUGAUGCGUUUAGAUACUUUACAAAAACAAAACCAUUUUCAAUUAGUUCAAUGAAUAUUGAUCUCCUCCAAUUCUAUAGACUAGAAUACAUUCUAAUAAAAACUACCAGUUUUCAACCAGAGAGUAUAUACGAACAUAUUGAAUUCAACAUUAUUAGGACACAUGAUGCAGAUACCAUCUCAAAAUUUGGCAUUAAAUGCAAAAAAGAUUCUAGAAAUCAACAAAAUGGCGAUUUAAGUUGGGAUUGUAAACAUAAUAUGGAGUUUGGUAAUUUACUAAAUAUAGAAACAACAAAUCAAUUAACAAUCUUGGAAUUAUACAUAUUUGGAAAAUCCAUUGAUAUACAUACCAUUUCUGCUGAUAUUGCAAUUUCUAGAAUAGCAUCAAUUUCAAAUUUAACUUGGAAUGAUGAAAGUUCAUCUUCAACAUUACUUGGUCAAGAUUUUUAUAAUAUUGAAACUGUUGAAAAAUAUUCAUCAUGUUCAAAAAUAACAUUAUUUGGAAAUGUAUUAAUUAGAAUAAAGCUAAGAAAAGCUUAUUAUAUACAUCAAAUUCAACUUGAAACAGUCACUGAUAAAAAUCAAACAGAUUCACUCAAUCAACUGUCAUUGUUUGUUGGAUAUAAAAAUAGAGUCUUAACCACCCUAUGUGGAAAUAUAACAGAUGCGUUUGUUGGAACUAUUAUUCAAAUUCACUGUCUUUGUGCUUUAGAGGGAAAUGAAUUGAUAAUUGUCAAAAAUACAAAAACUAAUUAUCAUGAAUUAGGCUUUAGUAAUAUUAGGAUAUUGGGAAGGACAUCAGAAAAAACAUUUGGAAUGAAGAUAAUACAAGAAAAAAAGCUAACAGAAUAUUCAACAGCAACAAAUGGAACUUUAACAUAUUGUUUGAAUUUCUGUAAACUCAAUUACUGUGUUUUCUUUUCAUAUAAUUUCAACAGUAAACUAUGUCUGAUAGCGUAUUCAACAGAGAUAGCUCAGCUUUCUGAUGAUAAGAAUUCUGUUUUUGGACAGAGAGCAACUUUGAUAUAUAAUAAUGAAUGCUAAGAAGGUACACACUACUAUUUUUUAAGAGAGGAAAACAAUAAUUACAUCAACAUAUUUACAACUUUUCUUUGUCUUAAAAAAUGUUACUUUUAUUCUUGUGAAAAUUUUGAUUUGUCAACUAUCAACCCUUUAAAAGACUAUACAAAUCCCACAAAAUUCACAUUAGAUUUAUUCAAUUCCUGUUCUUUAAACUUAUUUGUUUAGAGCUAGAAGCUCAUUUUACUCAUUACAGCAUCCUUAGAUGGAAGCCCACUAACCACAAAUCAAUAGCUACUUUACUUCUCCUAACCAUUUUGCAAUCCGAAAUGUUGCUUUCAAAUGUCUCACUUAGGAACAUUUUCUGAGUGGUAGUCUUGCCCAAGAAGUGAAUAAGUGUAAUAUAAGAAGUGAGAUUGUUGAAUCACUUCCUCAUUUUUUUUGAAUUCUCAAAGUAGCCUUAAAACCACUGUUUUAGAAACAUUAGAAAUGUUCUAAAUCUACUAUUUGAAAUUCCAAAACUAAAACUGAUAAAUACAACAAUCACAGUAAUAGUUACUAAGUAGUCAACAAGUUUUCAUCAUCCAUAUUACUACUACUAUUACUUGGGCUUCAGCUUUGUACUGUAUAUUUUCUCUCUAUAAUGAUAAGAAGAAUAUUAUUAAAUAUAAUAAUAUCCUUCAUUUUCAUUCUUUAAGUAUGGAAAGAGAAAAAAUCAAGAAAAUAUUAUUUUUUUUAGGUGUAACAGUGACUUACUGCCAGUACUGUAGUAGUGAGUAAAUAUUGCAUGAAACAAUAGUAAAUUUUCCAUCAGUUUUUCCUAAAAGGUUGAAUAUUUUGGACUAUUUUUUAAUUCUUGCCAAUACGAUAAAGAAGCUCAAAAGAGAUUUUUGCCACAAUGCUACCAUAUUGUUUUGGAUAUAAGAAAAAGAUUAAUAAGCUGAAGCAAGGUGUUUGUUCACUUUGUCAUCAUAAAGUCCAUUGGGCUUGUUUAUUGGAUGGAUUAUGUUCUAUAUGUUCAAGUGUUGAUAAAAAGAGAAUCAGAAUUAUUCUGAGCAAAUAGUGAUGAAAUUUUACAAGAUAAAGCUACCAAUAAAGUCUCAAAUGCUGAAAAUAUAGAUCUAAAUCGUACAAGAGAAGA